AGUGGCACCUCAAGCCCUCACAUCCAAUCACCAAACCCCGGCCCUCCCCCGGCCUACCACCCUACUCCCCAAGGCAUUUUCCCCCUUGGACUUUCCAACCCUCGCCCUGAUUCCCUUUCCUCUUCCUCAAUCCAUCGACUGCAAAUUAAUUUGCUUUGUUAGUUUGCCAACAAAGUGGGCUUGGAUUGGAUCCGUUGGGGUUGAGUUGGCACAGAAACACAUGCAAUCAGUUGAGUACGCAUGGUGAUCGAGUAGUGCAAGAGGACAACCCUCCCUCGGCUCCCUAGCUCCCCUUACAUAUAUAUAUACACACACACACAUACCCCUGCUUGCUCCCUCCAACCUCUCCUCAACUCAACCAGUGAUCUAUCCAUCGAUCGGUCUAUUUGCAGCUAGCUAGCUCUCCAACCAAACAGCACACACCUCACAUCACACACUGAUCUAGCUAGCUACAUGCAUAUGUAGGUUAAGCCAACCCUUGGCGACAACAAGAAGCACACUUGCUAAUCGUCAGCAAUCUCUCCGAUGAGAAGGCAGGGCAAUGAGGCUUCCCCUUCUAUCAUCCACUCAUCCUCCAUAGCUCUUCUCCAGGAGAGGUUCCGGAACCUGCAGAGGGUGAAGGAGAUGAGAGAAGGCAGAGAGCUGCAGAGGGUGCACCGCUCCCCUGAUAGUACCGACCGAGCCGGGUCGCCUGCGCCGGCUCUCAACCUUAGCCUACAACCGGUGGCGAGCGGGGGCAACGAGCAGCCAAGGUGGUUCUUGCACCCGGACCUUGUCCGGCCGUCGAGGCCUCUGCAAGGUCCGGCCGGGUACGGCGGGCUCGGCGUCAACGGCGUCCAGGCCACCUCGCAGCCGCCGGCAGCGAGCUCGUGGGGGGACGUGACGAGAAUGCAGAAUUCAGGCUAUAGGGGUGAUGUAGACGUGGACACCUCGCUUCAUCUGUAAUCUACAUGCUGUGGGCCGCCCUGCUGUUCUUUCGUUGUUUUGUACGGCUCCUGAGUUCCGGGCUUAUUUGCAGUACUACUUCCUGGGAUUACUUUUGCUUUGAAGGUUUCCUAGAUACAAACCUACAUGUCUGAAUCUUCAAGGUGCUUAACUAGUAAUGUUUAUUAGACAUUUGUCCCGAA